AUGGAGAACUCAGAUGUUCAGAGUUCCCCAGCUGGUGGACAUUUUGCUGCGGUGGUGCUCGCUCUUGAUGGAGACUUCGGCACGGGGAAGAGGAGCGGGAACCCCCACUGGCUCGCCGGGCGGCCCCUGGAAGAUUUUGCCGUGAGAUCGGCGCUUCUCUCUAGGCAGUUCGACAGCGAACAUAUUUACGUUUACACGAGCCAGCCAGAUGUAGCCAGGCGGCUGGCUGAUAACCUCGGUGCUCAGGUCUUCCUCUCUCAGAGACAGUCAGGAAGCGGCAACACUCCUGAAAUAACGGCGGCACAAGAAGUUCUGAGUCAAUUUACCGAGGUAGAUGGAAUAGUAGUCAUAUCAAGCACUUCGGUACUCCUUCAACCGCAUCACGUGACCGAAGCCUGUCGUCUGAUUGGUGAGGGCUACGAUUCCGUAGUGAGCAUAAGCAACCGUAACCAAGCAAUAAUAUGUCGAACUGAAGACAAUGUAACAGAGGAUCCACCGAUGGAGUCAUCGGAUCAUCGGGUUCCCCAAGGGUCACUAAAUAUGGGUCCAGUUAUCCAGCUAGAGGGGUAUAAAUGCAACGUGAAUGGCCUCUUCUUCUGCGCAACUAGGGAAGUCAUAAAUGGCGGACGAAUCAUAGGAGACAGGGUCGCCACGGUAGAAAUCGAUACCAAGUACACACCCAACUUGAAUCCCAACCACGACUCCGACUGGCUGCUGAUGGAGCAACGAGUCAUGCGCAUUGGCAGUAUGGAUAACGAUAGUCUGGUGCCGGUUUGUCUGGUCGUGUUAGCCGGCGAAAGCGCUAUUACUGAUAACCAAGUGUACGAUGGAGAAAACGGUAACCAAUAAGGUUAAACCGCCUUUAAAGGGGCUGCAUGCGCUGGGUAAUGACUCUGACUAUGGCAAUAAUAAUGCAUUUUGAGAAACUUUUUACUUCGAAAUUUACUGCUCUGGAUAAAAAAAACAAAAAUUAUUUCCUGAAGAUUGAAUCUGAGAAGCGUAACUGAGAGUAAAACUUUUCUUAUUGCAUAUUUCUUCACUGGAAACAAGGGAUAGGUCUAUUCAUCAAAAUGUCACCUGUUGACGUCGAUCCAAUCCACAUUGCAUGCAACAGACUAUGUGCGUAGCCUAAGCGGGUUUGUCUGUGUACGGAGUGACCUUGAUUGAUUGUGUGUCAAUAAUGCUGUGAAAAUCAACAGUUGUUAUGCAUAAUUUAUUGCACCCCUUAUGGUAAUACACGUGGUAGUGUAUUGAAUUGAUUUCAUUAUCAGUUAGUCAACAACUUUUACAUUUUGUUUGGCGUCGAAAUGCUGACGUACCAUAGAAACAUAAUUAGCACACA